CCUGUAACCAGUACGACUGUGAAACUCUUUUCUUUCACAUUCUCAUCGAUGAGCUUGGUGCCUGUACGCAACGUAUGGCUCAUGCGACAGCAAAAUCUCAAAGGCCCCUCACCAUCCGUCACGGAUGACUCAAAAUUGAAUCGGAAUGCCUCUUCCAAAGCGACUAGCCCGCCCUCGAUCAUGGACGUAGCCAACAAUGUCGAUGAAGCAUGGCCACAGGUCAACGUCAAUAGCCCUUCAAAACCGAAGGAAAAGUCUAGGGAAAAGAAUGUGACUUUGGCUACUACAAACGGAAUCGUGUCCAAUUCCAGUCCAAAGAAGAGCGACAAAGGGAAACUGAAAUGGGUCCCGACCAUUCAUGCAGAGGCUUCCGCACCUUCAUUACCGAGUAACGUCGGUUCCUCACCGUUAAGCAAGACUUCAAAUGUAACACAAUCACUGGUUCCUCCACCUACGUCUUCCAGCGUGACUACGUUGGUUCCUGACGACUUUCCCGAUCUAACUACUGAGGUUGCUUUGAAUGCUUUCCAAAUUGAACAGGCGGCAGAGAAGCAAGGGCUUGCGUCAACCUCCGUUCCGACACCCCUCCAACCUGAACCCUUACCUGAACCUCCAUUGAAACAGUAUUCACCCCAUUCACGUCCCACAAGUCCAUCUUAUAAUCAACUCAUCACUCCUCAAAGUUAUCCGCUGUUUCCUGAAUCGCCCUACCCAUACCAACUACAUCCUUAUCCUGUUUAUGAUAAUUCCACGACGUAUCCAUGUCUUCCGUAUGCCUCGACGUCGUCAAGUGCGCAGUAUCCUCCAUACCCCUCAGAACACUUGUCAUAUAUCUUUCCUGGACAAUUUCCGGUCCCGGUGCCAUUGUCAGGUCAACCGAACAGGGAUCCGAUGUAUGUGGCCGGAGGCGCAGCCACUGUCUUCGGAGACCUGGAACCUAGUCACGAGAGAAGGUUACCUCCGUUUGGAGUUGGUUGUGUUAGUCGAAAAGGAAAGGGAAAGAGAAAAGACAUCGCUCAAGGAGGUGUAACGAACCAGUGGAGACGGAGACGGAGAUCCUUAUUUGCAGUCAGCUCGUGGAGGUCGAGUUGUGACCACGAGGUUGUUGAUCUAACUCCAUGGUCGGACAUUGAGGGAAAUGUCGAAUUCUCGGGCUCAGGGUUUGGCGAGUCAGAGGAUCAUUCACAAAAAAGGUAUCCAAGAAGAUGGUCGUUCUUCUGGGACGGUGCCCGCUUAGUCGACGUUUCUCAAUACCACUCAGCUCCCGUGUGCCUUCAACAAAGCCAUCAUAGAAUUGAAGGUCCCGGUUACACCCCCUAUUAUCCUUAUCCAUAUUACCAACAUCCACUGCAAGCACAUCCACCUCCAUAUCCCUUACCAUUCCAACCUGCUGCUCCUUUACAUUAUCCCUCUAUUUAUUCGCAUUCUUAUUCUCAUCCCCAACAACAACAACAGUCAAUAGUUCAACAGCCUUUUCCUGUCUAUCCACCCUUCUUGAACCCAACCCAACCUAUAUACUCGUAUCUGCAACCGCCCCUAAAUUCUGAAAGCGAAAACGCCAAGGAGGUACCCGACGAAGGUAUACCAAUACCUAGUGCAAACACUACGACAAUCUUAGUCUCGGCGUCACCGAACAACACAGAAUCUGAUUCUGCAACGUCCCAUGCUUCAUCCUCCUCUACAAAAACCAAAAACCUUCUCGGAACUUCCUCGUCCGACAGCUCCACUACCGCCAGCUCUGCCCCCUCUGAGGAAUCAGCGUCGGGCAACAAGCUGCCGCCACUAUCCGCUCUCCCAACUUUGAACAAUCUUCCGACGUUGGACACCAUACCUACUCCUGUCGAAGGUAGAAAUGAAUUAGCACGUGGCCCUCAGGAUUCUGCUACAAGUCAUUCUCACCUGACUUCCAGCUUUACUCUCAACCCUACUCACGACCCGUUCGUGCCCUCCGCUCUUGGUACCAAUCUUCCCUCCCGUCCCUUUGUCGACGAACGCCGGAAUCAGCAUGAUCUGGAUCAAGAUGACGAGUCAUUCCUCCGAGUGCGUGACUUCAGGCAUUUCAAUUCUAAUAGCUGGGCUUCUGAGCCUGGAUCUGAGCGGGUGCAGCCUCAGAUGCAGAGCGACGAGCAGGGGGAGAGGGAGAUAAUGUAUGCGAGACAACAACCCAUGAUUCAUAAUGGUAAUGAUGAGGCCCAGCUCGAUGGACCACGAACCCGGCAAGAUGGUGAAUUUCAAAGAGGGGUGUAUAGGCCUAAUGGGAGAGAUGACUGGCGGGGGGGUCGAGGUUUCAGACCCCGAGGGUUUGGCAGAGGGAGAGGUCGUGCAGGAUUUCGCGGGAGAGGAUAUGGGUUCUCCCAUGGCUUUGCGCCGCCGGUCGUGCCGCGAGACGCAUAUGAAAUGCCUUUGGGGACAUCAAAUGGUAUAGGAGGCGGAACUGCGCCUCCAAGAUAUCGUCGUGGACGUGGAGUGGGGUUAUUUAUUCCACCGAAUUUGGACAUGCAGCACCUACAUCACCAUAACGCUUCGCCUAGUCAGAUAACCCCCCCACACGCCUUUUCAACGUCCCCAUAUUCCUCUCAUCCUCCUACCGCUCACCCUUCACCGUUGAUACCUCAGACGAGCCUUCAUCAUACUCCACCUUCCCAAUAUCAUGCUCCGGCUCAGAUACCUGCUCAAGCCCCUCCUUCAACUUGGACCGCUCAACAUCCAUGGCCGCCGCCUCUUACGCCACUAGCGAACAUACCUGUUCAGCUAGAUGAAUUACGCUAUAGGUUGCUCGGUCAGUUAGAGUAUUAUCUCAGCGCAGAGAAUAUGUUUAAGGACAUGUGGUUGAGGAGGAAGAUGUCUUCCGAAGGCUGGAUCCCGUUGCCUGUGAUCAUGACAUUCAACCGCAUCAGACAACUGACAGACAAUCUCGACCUCGUCAAGGAAGUUCUAGCAUUUUCGCAGCACGUUGAGGUAUUGGAUAACGGCGGUCCAGAAAGAGUAAAAGUACGAAUGCGAGAUGGGGCAUGGGAGAGAUAUGUACUGCCACCACCUGUCGUCGUGAAGAUGGAAGCCCCACCUGACAAAACUGUACAUCCGGUUGUGAACGGAGGUGCCCUCCAUGGUCAUUCUCUACCGCCAGCACCACACAUCAAUGGUGAUAUCACACUUCCGGGCUCAGCAAAAAUCGAACUUCCACCGGCUACUGCAAGUGAUGAAUCUGAGGUUGAGGAAGAUCCUGAUUCAGAUGAAGAUGACGUGGUUUUCGUUAUGGGAUCUGAAGGUGGAGGAUGGUCAAGGACCGCAUCUGGGGAAAGGGGUGCGUGA